AUGUACAUGGCCAGAUGUGGCCCUAAGACUAAUGUGCUGUAUUUCCCAUUUCAAUCGUCCUUUCUACUUUCGAAACGACUUAUAAAUAAGCGUUUUAAGCAUACCCUACAAAUUGAAAAUGAAAAAAAUAUGAUAGGGAACCCCGGUAAAAAUGAAAUAAUAUCUCCUGAAGAUGUUGAAUUCAAAUUAGCACAAUUGCGAGAAUUUACUAAUACUCUAAAAGAACGCAUUCACAAUAUUGAAUCGGUUAAACCAGGUAGCCACCAAAGCAAUGGUAUCGCAUCAAUAUCAGAAGACUCAAAGAAUAUCAAUACUACCGAAACGUUAUCUUCUUCUCAUGAAGGGAAAUCCAACAAUCUAUCUGACUUGAUUCACUCUUCGUUUUUAGAAAAAAUGAACCACGUCGUGCCGACAGUUAUAAGAGAAAGGGUGGCAGACGACGACAUCCUUGCUAAAAACCUUCUCGAUAAAUCACAUAGCAAUUGGGCACCUGUCAUAGAUAGGCUUUAUACCAGUGAGAAACGAUUAAAGAAUAUUGAUUCCAGGGAAUUAUCCGUUUGGUUAAAGGGCACAGUCAAAUAUUUGCCAUUUCAUAGCAUACUCCACUUGGAUAAGAUGCUUUUAGAACAAAUCGAAGGAGAUGUUGUAAAAUUUAAUACCCACAUGUAUGAGUGUAUUUUUAACAACUUAGGAAGUCUGAAACCAACUAGCUCGAAUCACGAUGGCAUUAAUGAUAGAGUUAUUCUCAAAAUGAAAGAGUUGUUAGAGAGGUAUGAUGAGACAUUGAAAAUAGUUGAAGAAAGACGUAAUAAAAAGCAAGGGCCCCCUUCCAGAACGCCAAAGAUGACCCAAGCAAUACUUAAUAAUUGUUUAAAAUACUCAACCAAAUGUUCAAGCUUUCAGGACAUGGAGUAUUUUAUUACAAAAUUCAGAGAUAAUUAUGGCAUAUCUCCUAAUAAGCAAAAUUUAACCACCGUAAUACAAUUCUACUCCAAGAAGGAAAUGAUCAAGCAAGCCUGGAAUACUUUUGACACCAUGAAAUUUUUGUCUACAAAACACUUCCCUGACAUCCGCACAUAUAACACAAUGCUGCAAAUAUGCGAAAAGGAACGGAACUUUCCUAAGGCUUUGGACUUAUUUCAAGAAAUUCAAGACCACAAUAUAAAACCUACAACAAACACUUACAUAAUGAUGGCAAGAGUGUUGGCUACUUCAAGCAGUAACGUCGUUGUUAGCGAGGGGAAGUCAAACUCUUUAAGACUCCUGGGAUGGAAAUAUCUCCAUGAGCUGGAGGAAAAGAAUCUUUACAGACACAAAAACGAUGAAAUGAAUCUAUUUUUGGCUAUGAUGGCAUUAGCCUCAUAUGAUGGGGAUAUUGAAUUAAGUAGAGCUCUGUAUUACUUGUUCAUCGGGAAAAAGUACAAGGCUUUAUGCGCAAAUUGGAAAGGAAGCAUUCUCGUAGAUCAAGAUAAAAUAUGGAAGUCUGUUUUGAUGCCAGAAAUGCUAAAUUAUUUAAUGCUUGCUUAUGCAAGAUUCGAUCCUAGAAAUCUGCCAGUUCUAUCCGGUUAUGAAAAAGGUAUCAAUUUGAGAAGAAAGUUUCUUCGCGAAUUUGACACCUCCUUGAGGUUAGACGAUGCAGACAAAUCGGUCGAAUUUAAAUUGCCGUUUCUUCCGAUUAAUGACUUAAAUUCGGAGGCACAGGUAUUGGCGGAAUCUAAUGCAAUCUGGAGUUUCAACUUGGAAAAUGGAGGAACACGCGAUACAUUAACAUCUGCAAAUGAAACUGCACUAGAGACGAUCAAAAAAUAUGGCCAAUUGCUUGAUUCAUUUGCACAAGAGGCAAAGGAUUUGAAUGAAUUUAAGUUUAAAGUUAUGUACGAAGUGACAAAAAGGCAAAGGGAAAGCAUUAACGUAAACGUGUUCAAUAAAAUUUUACUACACACAUAUCUCUCAAUUCCCAUAAACUUCGGACAACAAAAGGAGUUCCUGCGAAGGUUGACAAUCUUCACUUUUCAACAACACGAAUUCGAAGCUGUCAUAAAGCGUUUAUAUGACGGGUACUGUGACCUUUCUUUAUCCAAUCAAGUUGGCCAAAAUUCAAUAUCAGGUGAAGCCAUCUCAGUAUCCAAAGUUGAGAAGUGGGAAGACCCCACCUUGAGAAUGGAUGACAUAUGGUAUAUUACAUCUCUAAGAUGCAAAAUUAUGAUGGACACCACUUUAUAUGAGUUGGUGAUGAAAGCUGCUAUAGAAUUUCAAAAUGAGGAUCUAGCAAAAAAAGUAUGGAACGACAGGGGCAAAUUUAGGACAACUAUACCGUUUUUGAACAUGGAUCAAAGAAUAAGAAUAUCAAAGGACCAGAAAUUUGCGCACUUAAUGGUUGAAUUUUUCACCAAGGAAGGAAAAUAUUCGGACGCAAUAGCUAUCAUAUUAUCUUCGAAAAAUCGCUUUAAUUGGACAUAUUCCAUGGUUAGGAACUUGCAUCAAGCAUUAGAAGAAAUCGAGGAUAAAAACAGUGUUGAAAUCGUAUUAGAUGUAGUAAACAAAAAAUCACAUGCAAAGGCCCUGAAGUGGGAGGAGAAAGAACUUAAGAUGUAG